GGCAACUUAUUCAAUACAUAGUAACAGUUAGUAGUGCAACUACUGAAGAAGCAAUUGCAAUUUUGAUUGAUUGUGAUUUUCAUUUUCCAAUACAAUAUCAUACGAGCGAAGAAGAAGGUGAAGGUCACUCAAAUCAAAAAGAUGGUGGCGUUUCGUUCGUGGAUCGGUGCCAGAGCGACAAUGCUCCUCCGAAUCGCUACUCUGCUGAGUUUUAGUGCUUGCUUUUCUACUGGUCUUACGACAUUGUAUCCUCCCGUGUUUUCGUCACAGCAGAAGAUCAAGCAGGGAGUCCAACAGCACACCACCGGAAAUCAACAUUUAGGUCAGCCCGCCUCGUCUACCUCUCAUCAACAUGUGGCGCGUACGUCCCAGCUUCAGCUCGUACCGGAAAAUACAGGUGUGGUGGGAACACCACUUGUCCAGUCUUUCAACGAGCAGACCCCCAUUUUCGGCACUGGAAUGCGAUCGAGUCAGCUCUUGCGGGGAGUACCCUCCACCGGCAAUUUCGACUCAUUUCGCUCACAAGCGUCGUACACCUAUGAAUAUCCAACAUAUCUUCAUCAAGUGAAUGGAUUCAUAAAGUAGGUCAAAGACCAGUUCGAACCAACCCCUCGUUCCCCUUCUAAUCCACAUCACAACCGCUGGAUCAAGAGGAGAUGGCGAUGGGAAUUACACGCAGCAUCAAGCGCUUUAGAGCCGGCCGACAUCUUCCCAGCGACCAAGUAGAGUAUUUUCAGCGGGUCCCGAGCGAGCUGGAACCAAUCUGGCAAGCCCCAGAUGUCGUUACGGAUUUGCUCCUAAAACCCUUCACUUGUUCUUUUGUUGAGAGUGUCGUCUUUUGACUAGAAGUUUAUUGCUCUUCUUCUUCUACUUGGUGGAAAUUACCUUUUUAUUCAUGAAGUAGAGUGCGGUAGUGUGGUAGUUGGUUGAGGUUGUACUUAAAAUAGAAUAUCUUGGAAAGAGCAGAUCGAUGUUCCAAAACGGGUUGGUCUCUUGCUCUUUGUGACUACCUUUUGUUCUAAAAAAAAGAGUGAGGACAUGCGAAAAAGCGUUGAUAUGUGGAUCCCUCUCAAGGUGAAGACCUUCGAAGAGCUUGGUGGGGCUUACACGCUGCAGUCUGGCGACUUGUGCUUAGUGUGGCGUCCGACGAUCGGGUCGUGCGACUACGGCGCAGUUUCUCACGGAAACUGCUAUCAGCGGAUGGCGCUCUUCAAGCAACCGAAGCAAGCUAGUACAGGUGUGUUAAGGCUCCCACAAAUCUUCCAUUUUGAAAAGCAUCCUGAGACUCAGGCCGCUGUUUAGAAAUGCCGGAAAAAGGUUUCAGGAUGUUUUUCAAGACUGAUUUACAUUUAUGAAAGAUCUAAGUGUGGCGCCUUUGCCGCCUGUCAUCAAGUGUCGCCUCAGCAAGCGAUUUCAGCUGCCACACACAGUGCGUCUCUCCAUGUACGAAGCUUCGGGUUCUAGGGGCAUCUGGUACGACGAAGUCUCCAGUCUCGGCUGGCGAGACAUGCACUUGGUGCGACACCCGGUGUACCUCGACUACGUCCGCUUUUAAGGCUUCCUCUAAUGAUCCGUCGAUCUCCAGACGCUCUCAUCGAUCUUGAGGCUGUUCCAUGAGAGGGAUGAAAAGGAAGCAUCAAGAUGAUGCAUCUACUUGUAAGCUAGUUACAGGUCGUGAGCUCUAUCUCUAAUGUUUCGUCAACGAUCGCCCAGCGAUUAACAAGAAUGUGUGCAUGCAGGUGUCACCUUUGGUUGAGAGUUUUCAGGUCGUCAACUUCGGCACCAUGAUCGACCGCUUUCCCGAGAAAGACGGCUCCCUCAACGACAACUGCGCUAGCAUUAAGGCGUACUACCGUAAUUCAUCUCGAGAAGCAUCUUUCUUUGGGUCCUUUUUCAGGGGAAAAGGACGGCAAAGAUGCUUCUCAAGAUGAAUAUGCAUAGGUAAGCUCUAAUAGCAGGGACGAUCCGGAGUACCUCACUCUAAGAGGAUGUCUGCGGUGUAUGAAUAUGGAGGACACGGACGAAGUGUGCGAAUUCAACAACUACGAAGAACUGCUAGGCAAUUCCUGGCAUGAAAAGUACGUACAGCGGGCUGCAGGAGCUGGUGGAGGUCCUUCAGCUGUUACAACAAAUGGAACGGAAGCCACGAGAAACAGUAAAUCUAGGAGUUCGAGUUCGACAGCCGCAUACUCAAGUUGGGACUUUCGCAGCGAUGCAUUUCGCCAGAGUGUGGACCCUGUCCUAGUGUAUCGGCAGUACGAGGGUUCCACUGGUCAGAUUGCGUUUCAGAUAAAGUGGCGAGAGUGCGUGGAGAGGCAACUGUGGUCAUCGGCCUACUAUUAAGGUCAGCUAUUAUCCCUGAUCUUUCUCCGCAUCUCGAUACCCUUUUCCCUUGUAUUUUUAAUACUUGUGGGAAAGGGGUCGAGUUGAGGGGACCGAGAUGAGGAAGAAAAGGCGACUCUAAUACUACAAAAUGCACGGCCGUCGCUUGCAUUUCGUCUACAAGAUGCUUGAUGACGCACUACAAGACCGCAGCAAUGACGGCUCAGCAGUUGUGCACGAUCUCCAGACCAUCGAUCAUUGGUAAGGCUACCUUUAAUCCAUCUCUAGUAUGGGGAUCCCUAAGCCUACAGAAAUGUCUGAGAGGGAUCUCCUUGACGGAUUCCCACAGAGAUGAACUAGGGGCAGUUCUAACAUGGGCGCGGAUGGGAGCGAACGUACCUCGGCCGACCACAACACGGACAACGAUGGAAGUUCAAGCACGUAAGUUUCGGUUUCCACGGAUACAAGAAGGGCGCGGCUUUUAUGACCGCAGUACAGGGAAAGAAUAUCAAUGACAUCGCGAUUUAUUUAAGGCUGCUCACCAUAUUUCCUUUCUUCGAUUCGUUUCUCACUAUUUCCUUCUUAAACGAAAGUGAGAAUAGAAUGGCGAAGCGAGAAAUGAAAUAUUUCGGGCUCUAAUUCAUGGUUUAGCACCACUCCUCCAGAACCAAGCAAAUCCAGCAGAAACGGUCUUUGGCCGCGAAGGUCUUGGGGUCGGAACAGCGACUGCAAACAUUGGUGGACCAGCUGCGCUCCUUUCCUCAGCAGCGUACGUACGACGGUUACGACUCGCACUAAUUCAUUUCCUGAACUAGAACUUCUAGUUCAUUCUAUCUUCUGUACCAGGUAAAUAUUAAUUUUCUAUUUAGUUGUAUCUAUAAGCCGCGGACGAAUCCCGCUGCCCAGGAAAAAGAUGAAGAUGAGCUUAUAUAUAUAUAGUAGAGAAGGAAAAUCCAAAUGACAUGGACUAUUAGUAUCGCGAGCUCUAAAACGUGGCGACGCGGGUGCAUCUUCGGGAGGAAGUGCGAGCGGUCAAGUUGUAGUCGGCAACAAGGUGCUCACGACUAGUGCUGGCGCUGCACCAAACAGGCAAGUGAUUGCCGGUCCGCUCAUCAAGAACACGAUCCUCUUUCUAAGGCUUGCUAUCCAAAUCCAUCUUCGGAGACACAGACAUCAUGAACAGCAUUUUCAAGGGAAAAGGGGGUUUAAGAUGUACCUCAAGAUGGAUUCGCGCGAGGUCUAAUCUUAGAUUCGGUGUGUUUUGGCGGAAAGAAUAAGCGCAACGGGCGCCGCAUUUCUUCGAGUAUCGGACGCGUUUUUGAGUCGCUCUACAAACGGGGCUGGCACAAGAUCCAAGCGCUCGGCAGCAAGGAUUUGCAGUCCGCCUUAAGGCUUUCGCUAAUGGUCUCCAACGCUAAUGGGGAUCCCGCAACCUUUCGCAUCCAAAUAGAUACAAGGGAAAUUGUAUAAGGCAUGUCUUGUUGCGGGAUCCCUCACAUGUGGGAUUAAGGGGGGAAACCUCUAACCGCCUACCGCUUUCGGUUCAACAGCGUGCGUGCCGGUUACCCAGUGUUUAGCUUCGUGCAGAGUGACCGCAGCGACGGCACGCGGAUGCUGGAGGAGUACAAUUACCUUGUGGGGGACACGGUGGAAGUGGUUCUGGAGCGACAGAUGGAUCGACAUGGGCCCAUUUCCGCACGCGCAGUGUCCGGAACCGAGCAGUGGGCUGGGAAGCGUUUCGUGAACGGGCAGAGUUCGAACUUCUUCGUCGGAUACGAACUGGCCGUUGUCACUUCAAUUGGCAGUUUUUCGCAGAAUGUGACGCUCACAACGAGCAAUUACUCGCAGCACGGCGGUCCGUCGCCAGUGAAGCCUGCGCUGCGUCUAUGUCAGGCACCGGAGGGCAUGAUGAAUAUGCCUUCCAGCGCCGGCAAUGGAGGCGCGGCCACGACUAACCCGCAGAACAACAAUGCAGCAAGAACAGCGCAGCGAGCCCGUCCGAGGUCAGCGGCUUCCUCUCUGAGCGUCACCGAGGUCCCGCGAGCCGCAUUUCCAUUCCCAGUGCAGAGCACGACUGCUCAAGAACAAGCCAAUAGUACGGGUCCACUGUCCUCGCACGGGGGAAUCGUAGUCGUGGAUGUGAAUAACAGAAUAACAUCUCCAGGAGCGCCUGCCGCGACGAGUAGUAGUCCUAAUAUUUUUCGCAGUGUUGAUGCCGUUCUUGGUAGCGCUGCUGGUACAACUAGUGCUAGUGGCGUGGAAGCGACGUCUUCCUCUUUAUCCUCACUACCAGCCGCAGCGGGAGGAGGACAAGUUGUCGGCACUAGUCCCAUCGGUUCGUCAGCAUCGUCGAUCGGGUCAACCGUACGUACCAGCGCGCUAGAACGUCCCGCCAGUGCGCAGCAGCUGCGCCAUCCUGUACAAGGCUACACUGCCUACCUGCGGAAUGGUCAGGGAGGUACGCUGUUCCCGGCGCCGAAGCGCAUUGUGAUGGCGACUAGCUACACGAGCCAGUCGCAGCCGGUCGAGCCACCGCGUACACCAGGCAACCGCGGACAAUAUGUCAUCAGCCGCGCCAAUCUCGAAAUGCGACAAAACAAGGUGUACGAAGACUACCAGGUGCUGCGACCGAGGCUAGUAAAGCUUAACGAUUUCCGAGAGAAGCGAUCCCCGUACGACGUCGGAGAAAAAGUCAAAGUUUGCAUUCCGACUCAACUACUUCCCUCUUCAUCGUCUAGGGGUAACUCGAAAAGUGCAUCACCUACUUCGAAUGGCUCAACACCAGCAAAGGAACAAACGUCAGCCAAUCGCGGUUCUUCUCAGCAACUGUCCGCAGCAGCAGGACAACAAUCUUCGCUCGGUCAGGUGCCGCAAUCUUGUUUACCAACAGACUACAGAACCGGGUACGUCGUACAAGCAGAGCCUCUCAAGAUCCAGACCGAGGCGUGGGGACUAUUAGAACCAUGGAACUUUUGCGGGUCCGACUUCGUGAUGCGCUACACCGACUUUUACGCACGUUAUGCACCGGGACGAGGGCGCGUAAGUGCAUAGCACUUAAGUACUUAAAUGUUGAAAAAUCAGUUCUACUAAGGUCAACGAACUAACUUCACGUAACAAAAAUGCCUUCAUCUGAGUCGUGUGUAGCAAAGAAUAUGAAAUUGCGUACCAGUAGAAUUUGGACGUAGGCAAACUACGUGACAUGAGGACAACACGCUUUUAGUAAUGCGGAUUGUAAUUGUAAAUAGUGAUCCAAAUAUCAUCAUACUUCUCUUAUUAUCUUGAAAAGAGAGUUUUUGUUAGUGUAUUUUCAUGUAAUGAGCAUUGCGACAUUGUGUAGCAACAAUGAAGAUUGAUGUGGAGCUUUUUAUAACCUUGCAACUUUAUUCUCUUCUAGUUCUUAUUUGCCUUUGAGAAUUCACUAGCAGGUACUUACAUACAUGAUACAUAUACUUCAUGUGGUUUAUUCACAUGAAAACAGGAAAUACUACUAAUUCACAUAGUUGAUGUCAUAGAAAUCGCUCGUUUCGAUGACAUAGAUAGUUUUAGUUGUUUUUCUCUCUGCAUACUCGUUUUACACAUAUAGCACAGAUACUCGUGGUCUCGUAAGUCUACUCAUGAGAGCAAGUAUCAAGUGCUUGCUGAGCAUUGGCUGGAAGCAGCAUUGUAGACUUUGUUUCGAAAUUACCAAUCUGCAUGUCUGACAAAACGUAAAGGAAUUCUGUAGUCUGCGAAACUAAAUCUUCAUGUAAUAGUUUUCCACAGUUCGUUGUAGCUAAUUGUUAUGCACAAAUAUGGCAGUACUAGUACCACGUGCAAGAACAAAGCCUUUAUUUAUUGCAUUUCUCGUUUAUGUAUGAAUGAUGAGUUUGGCCUGUACGUAGCAAAGUAUAUCUAUGUAUAAUUACGCCUUCUAAUUGUGGGAGUUCUUCUUCUUUCGAUAAUUGAACGAUUCACUUUUCAUACUCGGUGUCCCUGAAUAUGAAGAGAUCUCCCUUCUGUGUUCUUGUGUUGGAAGUGUACAUCAACUCACUUUGGAAACAAAGAGAGACUCCCUCGACCUCUACUGGUCUCAUCUUCACCACAACAACCUGCUCCUUCAAAAUAUUUCUUGAUGAAAAUAGAGUGCUCCUGCUUCUGUAUUCUGCAAAAAUACAUCACAAAAGAAAUUAUAGAUUAGUUAUCACAAUUACGCUUUGCAAUUAUUGCAUUCUUGCACUUGCUUUGGACGAGCAACCCGAAACAUGGAAUGCUUUGGCUAGUCAGUCUGGAUUCU